AUGGAACUGAAUGUGAAGAUGUCUAGGGGAUUAAACGAGAAACACGUUGGUGAGAAGGAGUAUAGAAGAAGCAUUGGUUGUCUGAGGUACCUCCUCCUUACACGGCGUGAUCUUUCCUUUGUUGUGGGUAUGCUUAGUCGAUACAUGCAUGAACCGAGAGAGUCUCACAAUGUGUUGCUCAAACAAGUGUUGCAGUACCUACGAGGCACAUUGUCGUAUGGUUUGUCAUAUGAACGAGCUGAUGGCAUGAGGCUGAUAGGAUACAGCGACAGUAGUCAUAAUGCUGAUGCAGAUGAUGGGAGGAGUACAACCGGUCACAUAUUCUACCUUGAGAAGUGCCCUAUUACUUGGUGUUCACAAAAGCAAGAAACAGUGGAUCUCUCGUCUUGUGAAGCAGAAUUUAUGGCUGCUACAGAAGCGGCAAAGCAAGCAAUCUGGCUCCAAGACCUUCUAGCUGAAGUAACCGGAAGUAGAUGUGAAAAGGUGACUCUCCGAAUCGAUAACAAGUCGGCUAUAGCACUCACCAAGAAUCCAAUGUUUCAUGGUCGCAGAAAAGAGCAAACACAUACACCGAACGGAACAAAAGGCCGAUAUACUAACCAAGUCCCUUGGCAAGAGAUGAGAAGCUUCAUUGGGGUUCAAGAGUUGAAGAUUGGAGAUUUCAAGCUUGAGGUUGAGGGGAAGAAUGUUGGACCAAGCUUGAAAUAA